UACAAAUCGCUGAGACACCGCUAUGUUUUCAAGCGAAGGAGGAAACUCGAAUUUUGAAAGGAAAUAUUAGAAAUUAGAAAGCCUUUUUGCAGUGUGUAAUACUUGUGCUUUAUGGAAAUACCUUAUCCAUAAACCGAAAGAAAGAAUAAUUCGAAUUUCCUCAACCUGGCCUUCUUCACCAGCUUUGAACAGUCGUAAUAUCAAAAAUCCGAAAAGUUGUGGGAAAAUAACAAAUGCAGAUACGUAUACAAUCUGAACGUUGACGGAGGAAAUGUCUGGGAGCAGUGGUAGAGAAAGAUAUCCGUGCCAGCAGUGUAAGCGGUCGUACACUCGUAAGCAUGACAUGGAACGACACGUCUACAUCUCCCACACCAUCACCACUGACAAACCCUUCAUGUGUGAGAAGUGCAACUUUGUCUUCACCUCUGAAGAAAACCUAAAGGACCACAAAAUUGACCAUUCUGAAGAAAUGAAAUUCCAGUGUGAAAUUUGUGAAAAGUCAUUCAAAAACAGUAACACUUGGAAGCGGCACACAAGGGCACAUAUUGAUCCAAAGCCGUUCAUCUGUCAAAUAUGUAAACGGAAGUUUGGACGAGAGCAUGACAUGCGAAGACACGUUGUCAGAAUGCAUUCUGGGGAGCGGAGGUACCAGUGCGACCUCUGUCCGUCGAAAUUUGCCUGGUUCAGUGACCUGACGAUUCAUAAACGUCGUCAUAACCACAUGAGAAAGUUUAUAACCAGACGAACUGGUUUGAAGAAAUCCAGAAAGAAAAUCCAUUUCAAAAACAAGAAGCAGAAAGCCCAGCAAGUUAGUUCAGUAGAACAUGUCUGUAGGAUGUGCUCCCUGUCCUUUACCAGCUUCUCUUCCCUACAGCUGCAUACGUGUGACAGUGGGUCUUCUGCAAUAGAGGAAGAAGCAUUGAGGAUUACUCACUCGUGUCUAUGUUGUGAAUCCUCUUCAGCAUUGCAAUUUCACUCUUGUGACAAGAAGUCAACUUCAGACAAUGCUGAGAAUAAGACAACGUUUGCAGAUUCAAAGGCUCAGACGGGAGAUUCUGGUGAUGAUGAAACUAUCAAUGACAAGAAUGAUGAUUCUACAAAUGUCAUUGAGUCUUUUAUGGAAAAUUCGGAUCGUAAAAUACCGGUAUCUGAAAAUUCUUUGCAAAGUAGUGAUGCAGCAUCAUCAGCUAUGAAUCCCUGCAGUCCAGAAAAUGUAGAGCAAUUAGAUGAAAUCAAGCAUGUUGAAUGCAUCAUAGUUAAAAAGUCGGAGGCAAAAAGUAAUGAUAAUGCUCAAUGCAUUGGAUAUCCGAAAUCCUUUACUACAUUAUCGGUCCCGCAACAUCACUCCUGUGCAGAUAGGAAUGAAACUACUGGUGACCAAAUCAAGAAGCAAAACACACACUCAGUGCCAGCAAAUAAUGAACCAAACGUGCAAAAUUCUGAACAGUCUUUAGUUAACACUGGACAGUUAACAACUGAUGAAGAUCUCGGGUCUGAUGUGAAUUUAGUUAACACUGGACAGUUAACAACUGAUGAAGAUCUCAGGUCUGAUGUGAAUUCAACUAAAGGAUCAAAGAGUGGUUAUCUCAAGUGCAAAGUAUGUCAAAAAGUAUUCAGUAAGUUUUCAGCACUUCAGCUUCAUUUGUGUGAAGAAUCCUUGGAGGAUGAAGAGAUUCUGAAAAUACCGAUCCAGAAUGCUGAAAAAUCGGAGGGAAUAUUAACUCGCUCAAGCACUGUCCUGAAACAGAAGACAACUCCCCGGAAGAAGCACAGUUUGAACGAACACAAGAAAAGCGUGGCCGGCACCAUUACUCGUCACAGAGAGAUGGACCGCAAAAAGAGCAAGGGCGAGGAUCGUAUCAAUUCUCCUGAAGAUAAGCCCAUUCAAUCCCAUGACUGUGGUAACUGUGGACAGACAUUUAAGCACAAGAAAGAUCUAACAAGGCAUGAACUAAGACACAAAAACACAGAACCCACUUUUAAAUGCUCAUUCUGCCAGAAGGGUUUCUAUCGCAGAAGUGGUCUGGAUAGACAUGUGGAGACAGUUCAUCCAGUGGAAGCGCCAUACAGGUGCAAGCUUUGUGAAGCUGCUUUCACCUCUGCAGAACUACUCAAGAAGCAUAUGCCAGAUCACGCGCAAACUCACCCAUACGUCUGCUGGGUGUGCAGUCGAGGGCUCAGGACACUGGCAAACCUCAAAAGACACCUGAAGAUGCAUUCAGAUGAGAAGCCCUAUACAUGUUCUACAUGCAACAAGGGCUUUAUUCGUAGGCAUGACAUGUAUCAACAUGCUAAAAUUCAUGGAACAGAUAGGCUGUCUUGUGACAAGUGCCCCCUGAAGUUUGUAACACCUGAGGGGUUACGUAAACAUAGAGCAAAAAAACACAACUCACAUAGCAAUCACAACGAUAGAAUUGACAGAUAAAGGUAAAUUAGAUUGCCCACAAACACAUUCACACAUAUAAUUAUAUCAUGUAUAUUGUAACAUUGGUGACUAUAUAUAUAUGUCAGUCAUCCAGUUGAAAUGGAAAUGUAUUGUACAUUAUUGGUCUGUGGCAACAUUAAAUUCUAGUAGUUUA